CUCAGAGCUGUUACUAUCUCUCUCUCCCCUCUGGGACUGUCUGUGGUAGACAUGGGGGACGGGAUAAUAGAAACAGUCAACCUCUCUUCAUCAGAGGCUGACCACUUAGCUCUGGAUGUAGACUUUUAUGAUCAGGACAUCUAUGAUAUCCCAGAUCCUGGGGUGCUCAUAGAAAAGAAUGACUGCGUCUUCUCCCGGUUUACAGAACUGGGUCUGCUGGGGGGACCACAGGUCCCGCACCUCUUUACCAAUAGUCAGAGGUGGCAGAGUAUGUCACUGCGUCGCCGCGCCAGGCUGCUGUGGCUGCACCUCCGCGCGUACCUCCACGACAUCGUAGAGAAGGAGAAGAGAGCAGAGCUGCGGGUCGCUCGCAUGACACAUGGGCUGGAGCCACUGCGUCACCUUGAGGUGGAAGCUGGACUGUGCUCGGUAGCACAGGAUCCAGUGGGUGAACGCUUCAUGGUACUGGAUGGUGAAGGUUACCUGCAUCAGCAUACGAAGGAUGGCUGGGAGCAGGCCACGCUGAAGCCUCCCGUCGUACUUAACGGGCUUGUGACCGUGCCCGGCCCUCUGGGAGAGAUAGGCCGCUUUGUCGGCUGGGGUCCAGCUGGACUAAGUAUAUUAGGGCCAGACUUCCACCUGCUCUGGCUAAGCAAGCCACGGGUGAACAAGUCACUGGACCAGGAACCUUUUUGUUGUUUACCAGUGCCCAGCCUGAGUCUGUUGAUUGUGGCCCAGAUGAGUGGCAGCCUGGAGCUCUGGAAGUUCCGUUCAGGUGGUCGCUGUCUGGUACCCUGUGGUUCACCUUUGCGGCCACCACCGGGCUUGUCUGGCUCGUUCAAGUGCCUGGCCCUAGGGCUGGAACCUGACCACUGCAGUUGGCAUUGCUUUGCUGCCUAUGGCUCGGCAGUGCUCACUUUUGAUCUGGACGACUGGGCUCUCAUAAAUGUUAGCCAGGAUCUGCAUAAAACCAUCAUCUCAGACCUGGAUUACUGUGAGGAGAUGGAUGCCAUGGUGACAGCUUCCCGGGAUAGUACUGUGAAAGUGUGGGAAGCUGACUGGCAGAUCCGGAUGGUGUUUGUAGGACACACAGGUCCAGUGACAGCUAUGACAGUGCUCCCAAACAGCACACUGGCAGUGUCUGCCUCACAGGACGGGACAAUUCGCACAUGGGACCUGCGGGCCGCAGCUCAGGUAGGAGAGGUAACUCUGGGUUGCUGGACCGAAGACGAAAUCUCUGAGAAAGUGAGCCGUUUGCUGGCUCCUGCAAGUCCUGGCUGGCCGGUGCUCUCUCUCUGCUCAAAAAGCAUAGAGCUAUGGCGUGUGCGUACCCUCUAUUCACCAUUAGCACAGCUAUCCGCACCAGUGCUCCAUAUACAAGUGGCGCCAGUGCUACCAACGCCAACUGAUCCAUCUCUGCCCUCUCGCCUUGUAUGCGCCUGCGCAGAUGGGUCGGUCUACCUGGUGUCUGCUACUACAGGACAAACUGUGAGUUCACUACUGUUGGAACCGGAGGACUGUGCAGCUGGGGUGGUUUAUUGUUUGUCUCGAGAAGCGUUGUGGGUGCUAACACGCUCAGGGCACCUAGUGCGCGCCAAUGCCGCACGCUGCCCGAUGGUGGUGGUACACCGCCUGCGUCCACCUCCACCCCCAGCGCCGCAGCCCUGCUGCCUGCACCUCUACAGCCAUCUUACAGAUCCUCGAAGUGCAUUCGCUUGCUGGGAGAUUGUGCGACAGAAUCAGGGUGACAUGCUCCGCAGUGCCAUCGCCUGGGCCUGGAAAAAUAAGAAUAGGUUUCUUCCGGUGAUGGGGCACUCAGAUGGCACACUGUCUGUGUUGGAUUGGCGCACAUCAGUGACAGUCUUUCACACGGAAGCACACAGCCCAGGACCAGUGACUGCUAUUGGGUCUACCUGGAGCAGCAUUGUGACUUCAGGCGGAGACCUGACAGUAAAGAUGUGGCGUGUAUUCCCAUAUGCUGAGGAAUGCCUGAGCCUGCUCCGGACCUUUUCCUGUUGCCACCCCGUGGUAAUGCUCUGUGUUCUGGGGAAGCGCAUCACUGUAGGCUUUGAGGAUCCAGAGAGUGCCACCUAUGGCCUGGUGCAGUUUGGCCUGGGUGACAAAAUGCGUUACGACCAUCGGCCACAGGAUGACCCUAUGGACCAUAUCACUGGCCUAUGCUGCUGCCCCACCCUUAAGAUAUUUGCCUGCUCCAGCCUGGAUUGCACCAUCCGAAUAUGGACCAGGGAGAACCACCUGCUGCGGCUCCUGCAGCUCAACGGUCCCCCUCAGGCCCUGGCCUUCUCCAGCAACAAUGGAGACCUGGUCUUCUCACUAGGCUCCCGCCUCCACCUGGUGUCCUAUUUGACCUACUUACCUACAUCCUAUCUAGUUAAGAAAUUGUGUCUGAAGGCCCCUGAUGCGAUCAGUGACCCUCCACUGCCACUCACCAGCAAGAAGCCACUGACUUCCAGCCAGUUGCAGAGGCUUGCCAAUCUACGCGGAGCAGCGAGCCUCAGUGUGCCCUUGCCCUUCGGCUAUUACAAGACAUCAGAACCUCAGCAGCCAGUGUUGAAAGAGCACUUGGAGACUAUCAUAGCCCGGGAUCAAGACCUUCAUGAACUGAUACAGGGACUGGUGGCCCCAGCAACUCGGCCCCAACUCACCUUGAAGCAGCGCCACAAAGCCUUCGACAAUUACUUACGUCUGAUCUAUGGGUCUGACCUGAUGGGCAUAAAGUCUGAAUGGGAGUCCCAGCAGUGGGGCACUUCAGCCCCUUCCACAGAGAAGAAGUCACUGGACCCGGAGAGCCAGCCUGGACCUGUCAUCAUUGUUGGGCAGGUUGCACUUAGCAAUGAUGCUCAGCCAGUGUCCCCACUCUCAUUCCCCCAAUCCCCAGGAGCUCCAGGAAAGCGCUUUGCCCGCCCUCCUCGAGUCUCCUUGCCCAUUCCACCCACCUACCGGAAGGUGCAUAGCUGGACAUCCCAGCUUCUAGCACGUUCCUCCCUGAGCUGUGAGCUGGGCCUCGGCUUGGAUCUACAGGUGCACUGGGAUCAGUUUGCAGUCAAGGCCAUAGACCUGGACACAUCCAUCGACUACAUGAAGAAUAGGGUUCCACUGUUGCCGCAAAGAAAGCCCGCAGAGCCUCUCUCAAAGCUCAUGGGCUUCUUUCCUGCCACCAUAAAGCCCUACAGGGUGAGACCUUACCCCUCCAUCCUUCCAGAGGUGGCAUCUCCUGGGGGUCACUCUUUGCAUAUCCCAUCUCCCUUUGCUGUAAAGCCAUUGUGUUUCACUCUGACCCAAGGGCCAAGCCUACCUGUACAUGGCCAGGCCUGGCGGUACACACCUUUAUUAAUCCCACUACGUUCUCGGCCCAUCAAGUUUCCCGGCUGUGUGCCCAACUCUGUGGUACUGCGGCAAAUGUGGCUGCAAGCAGAGGUCAGCUGUCUCGGCUCCCUAGCAAAACUUUCUAGCCAGAGCAGAACCAAGGCAGAAAGUGAAGAUGAGCAGUGGUUAAGGCACCGAAAGCAUUCUUCUGCCAGGUGGCGAAGUAAACUAUUCAGUUUGCUCCGACUGACAAGGAGGAAAGGAGGGGAGGAGGAAGAGGAGGAGAGAAAGGAAGAGGAAGUGUUUGAGAGAGACUUGAUCCCCUCUUCCCGAACUUCCCGAACUUCCCGAACUUCUCGAACUUCGGAGACAGAGCCAGAACACUGGGGACCAGACACAGAAAGCGCCACAGAUUUGAUCUCAAAACUUUGCAACGAAGCCUCUAAGACUAAGAGCUACUCUCGUCCCCGCCAAUUUGGACGCUCAUUCUUGGAGGAACGCUAUGGGCAUUUGCCGAAGUUCCUGCAUUAUUUUGUGGUCCAGAACUGGUUCAAAAAACUGUUCCCAAUCUUUACCCUGGAGGCCUAUCCAGAGAUGGGCACAAUAGAGGGCUUGGCCUCCAUGUUUUUGGACUUCCUGUUACAAGCUUCCUGGGCGGACAGAGUGAACAUUCUAAAUGCCUUGCUGAGGUUGUUGCCUGAUGUCACUGGUAACCUCCGAACCCGGCUGCAGGCCAAACUCUUGUACUUGCUCAACCAGGAUGAUCCGCCCAAACUCCAGGACCAGACACAGAAGGAGUUUGUGAUGAUUGCACUGCAGCUGCUCUUGGCCUGCAGCCUGGAUGUCCUGGAUGUGGUGCUGGAAAUUAUCUCCUACUACCUGUAUUCUCCGAUCAGUUGCCGGCAGGAGCUCAAGAAGCUGUUGGAGGGGAUGGGGCUCCACGACCCUGACGGUGUGCUGUUCAAGGAAAUUAUGACCUGGGUUGAGGACUUGAAACUUGAAUCCAAGGCCGCGAUACGCACCCAGUGUCAACAGAAGCUUGAAGACAUUUAUCUCCAGGCGGAUACCUUGGAGCAGUCCACAGUCAAUGUUUUUGUGGAGCCUUCCAGGCAGGUCUCACAAACCUCCCUCGUUUCUGGGGGAAGCUUACCUGCCGUGAGCGCCUCUUGGACAUUCUCACGAGCAUCAGAAAUGUCCUUGCAGUUUCAUGAAUCGCUACUAUCACCCACGCCUUCACCUGUGCAGCCUAUAGAGUCUGUGGAGCAGAUGGAGUCUAUGGUAUCCAUCCCAGAACUCCAGACGGCAAGCUCACAGGCACAUAUGCGUAUCCAGAAAACCAAAAAGGCACUUGCCGAUAUGCUGCAGACCUUCUGUCUGGAGGACUCCGAGUAUGCAUUUAUGCCUGAUGCACUGAGAAGAGAGUCACCGCUGGCGCAGACAGUAUGGGCACGCUCUCAGAUAGUAGACCUGUUUCAUAUGGAUAUGCUUAAUCUCUUCUGUGAGAAGCGGCGGGCACAGCAGCAGAGAUCAUUGACGGAAGAGGAGGAGGAGAAGGAAAAGGCGCAUUUACCUGUCUCACUCCGACAACGACAACGCCACCAGCUAAGGCCCAAUGCUGUGCAGCGGCCGCUCCGGGAACGCUGGCUCUAUCCAAUCCUCCGUCUUCAGGAGGCCAAGGCACAAGACUUCGGUGUAUUUCUCAGGAGUCACAAGAUACAGAGCAAGGAGCUGACUCCCGAUGGUUCUCUCAGAGUGCUGAAGCUGCCACUGCCAAGAGUGGACUUGCAGCCCUUCCCCCCAGGCUGGCCCGCACCCCCACGGGCACUGCCCCCGCUCCUCCUUCAGCCUUCACUUCAACGCUACUUUCUGCUCCAAGAUACGUACCCUGAUGCCUACAGUUGACCUGGGGGACAGAUAGCCAAGGUUCCAUGGCCAAAACCUAGUUCUACCCACUUGGCAAA